GUGACGAGUGUGACGUGACGUCACCGAGCCGGAGACCAGGUGAUCCUCCAACGCGGCUCUUUCUGUAGUCACACGGGCCGGGAAACAACAACCCAGGCCGGGACUUUGGAGCAAGGCGUUGUCCCCACCCCUCCGGCCGUGUCUGUAUCCGUGUGUUCUGGCCGGUGCUCUCGUGAUUCGGUAACCGGGGGAAGAUGGCGGACCCGGCGGAGUGCACCAUUAAAGUUAUGUGCCGUUUCAGGCCGUUGAAUAGCUCGGAGGUGACGAGGGGGGACAAAUACGUAGCCAAAUUUCAGGGAGAGGACAGCAUCGUGAUCGCGGGUAAACCGUAUGUGUUUGACAGAGUUUUCCAGUCCAACACCACUCAGGAGCAAGUGUACACGGCCUGCGCUCAACAAAUUGUCAAAGAUGUACUUGGUGGCUAUAACGGAACCAUUUUCGCCUAUGGUCAGACAUCCUCGGGCAAAACGCACACAAUGGAGGGAAAUCUUCAUGACACAGAUGCAAUGGGAAUCAUUCCCAGAAUAGUGCAAGACAUCUUUAAUUACAUUUACUCUAUGGAUGAAAAUCUGGAGUUCCACAUUAAAGUGUCAUAUUAUGAGAUUUAUCUGGAUAAGAUUCGGGAUCUGUUGGAUGUUUCAAAAACUAAUUUAUCUGUACAUGAAGACAAAAACAGGGUUCCUUAUGUCAAGGGCUGCACUGAGCGAUUUGUUUGCAGUCCAGAGGAAGUGAUGGACACUAUUGACGAGGGAAAAUCCAACAGACAUGUAGCUGUGACAAACAUGAAUGAACACAGCUCCAGGAGUCACAGUAUCUUCUUGAUCAAUGUGAAGCAGGAGAACACGCAGACAGAACAGAAGCUCAGUGGAAAACUCUUCCUGGUCGACUUGGCAGGCAGCGAGAAGGUCAGUAAAACAGGAGCUGAAGGUGCUGUACUGGAUGAAGCCAAAAAUAUCAACAAGUCUCUGUCGUCGCUGGGCAAUGUGAUAUCGGCCUUAGCCGAGGGCUCGACAUACGUUCCAUACAGAGACAGUAAAAUGACAAGGAUCUUGCAGGAUUCUCUGGGUGGAAACUGCAGGACCACCAUCGUCAUCUGCUGUUCUCCUUCCUCAUACAACGAGUCCGAGACCAAAUCCACCCUUAUGUUCGGACAGAGAGCCAAAACUAUUAAGAACACAGUGAGUUUGAAUGUAGAGCUGACAGCUGAGCAAUGGAAGAAGAAAUAUGAGAGAGAGAAAGAACGAAACAAGAGUCUUCGAAACACUGUCACAUGGCUGGAGAACGAACUCAACCGCUGGAGAAAUGGUGAAACCGUACCUGCAGAGGAGCAGUUUGAUAAGGAGAAGAUUAAUGCUGAAGUGCUGGCGCUGGAUAACACAAUUAACAAUGAUAAAUUUGCAUCCACACCAAGCAUGCCGCCCGUGCCAGGGAUGCUCGGGGCUCGACUCAACAAUGUUGAGAAGGAAAAAUGUGAGGUUGAACUCACCAAACUUUACAAGCAGCUUGAUGACAAGGAUGAAGAGAUUAAUCAGCAGUCUCAGCUGGUGGAGAAGCUCAAGCAGCAGAUGUUGGACCAGGAAGAGUUGCUGGCCUCGUCACGAAGAGACCAUGAUAACCUGCAGUCAGAACUGACUCGUUUACAGCUGGAGAACGAGGCGUCUAAAGAGGAGGGGAAGGAGGUGCUGCAGGCCCUGGAGGAGCUCGCUGUCAACUACGACCAGAAAAGUCAGGAGGUGGAGGACAAAACCAAGGAGUUUGAAGCCCUCAGCGAAGAACUUGGUCAGAAAUCUAGUAUCCUGGCGUCUAUAGACUCAGAGCUGCAGAAACUGAAAGAAAUGGCCAAUCACCAGAAGAAGAGAGUAACUGAGAUGAUGUCGUCACUGCUCAAAGAUCUGACUGAGAUUGGCAUUGCUGUGGGCAACAAUGACAUCAAGCAGCAUGAAGGCAGUGGUCUUAUAGACGAAGAGUUCACUGUAGCCAGACUCUACAUCAGUAAGAUGAAGUCAGAAGUCAAGUCGAUGGUCAAACGUUGCAAGCAGUUGGAAAACACUCAGUCUGAAGGCAACAAAAAGAUGGAUGAAACUGAGAAGGAGCUUGCAGCAUGCCAGUUACUCAUCUCCCAGCAUGAGGCGAAAAUUAAAUCUCUGACGGAGUAUCUGCAGAAUGUAGAGCAGAAGAGGAGACAGCUUGAGGAGGAUGUGGACUCUCUCAAUGAGGAACUGGUCAAAAUCAAUGCACAGGAGAAAGUUCAUGCAAUGGAGAAAGAGAGUGAGAUUCAGAGUGCCAAUGAAGUGAAGGAGGCGGUUGAGAAGCAGAUCCAGAGUCACAGGGAGACCCAUCAGAAACAGAUCAGCAGCCUGAGAGACGAACUGGAAACCAAAGUGAAACUCAUUACAGAUCUACAAGAUCUGAAUCAGAAGAUCUUGUUGGAGCAGGAGCGUUUGAGGGUAGAACAUGAGAAACUCAAAUCCACUGACCAGGACAAGAGCCGCAAACUACACGAGCUCACGUAUGUAAUACACAGUCAGUUCUAUUCAUCUCCCUUCUUGUAG